AUGUCAAAAGCAGCCGCAUCGACCAAUGGCUCCUUCCUCGGUGCACUCGGAGCAGACACCGACCCCACCGAUGCCCCCGCCCCCGAAUACCGAUACCAGGUCGAGAUCUCGCAGAUGAUGUUUGUCUUCGCCGACGUCGUCGACCCGGCACCCGAAGUGACCAAACUCGUCGAGGAUAUCGUCCGCAGCCAGACCAUCGAGAUGAUAAUCCAGUCGCGCCGACUCUCGCAGCGGCGGGCGUCGAAGUAUCUUUCGUCGGAAGACCUCAUCUUCCUCAUCCGCUACGACCGCGCCAAGGUCAAUCGUUUGCGCACCUAUCUCUCGUGGAAGGACGUUCGCAAGAACGCCAAGGACUCGGGUGAUUCCGGUGGAGCACCAGGCGGGGCGACCGAGAUGGACGCACUCGACGAUCCUACCGGCAUGGACGGCGGGGCGGUCAAAGCUACAAAGAUGAAGAUCCGCCUGCCGUGGGAGAUUUCGUCGAUCUAUUCGGAGCACGUUCUAGCGCUGCCCAAUGCGGACGGGGACGAAGACGAGGAUGACGACGACCUCGAAGCGCACGAAGCGUCUAUGCAGCGACUCAAGGAUGCCGACGAAGCCACUCGCCGCAUGACGAGGGAAGAAUACGUUCACUACUCGGAAUGCAGGCAGGCCAGUUUUACCUUUCGCAAGUCGAAAAAGUUCAGAGAGUUCAUCAAUGCCAGCGCCUACUUGGAUGUCAAACCCAACGACGACAUUAUCGACAUCCUCGGUUUCUUGGCCUUCGAAGUUGUCCGCGAGCUAUGUAUCGGCGCUGUGGCCAUCAAGAAGAGUCUGGAAGAGCAAAAAGCCGCGAGAAUCCGCGCUGACGCCCAACAGCAACAGCAGCAGCGAGUAGCCCAAAGCACUACCACUGCCACCGCCAUCAGCACAGCCACCACGACUACCACCACCGCCGCCGCCGCCGCCGGCCCAAUUCCCUCCUCCAGCAGCCCCACCAAGCGCCCUCACGACGACCCGAGCGACUCUGCCGACACCGCCGACAAGAAACCCAAGCUCGCCGAUGACGCCGACGACAGUGCAGACCAAACGCUCACCGCUGCCGCCGCCGCCGAUUCCACCACAACUACCACCAGCGGCGACCCCGAACCCAUCCCAACCAAACAAGACGACGAACUGUGUACGCUCUUUACCCUGCCACCUACCGUCGAGACACCGCUGCUCGCAUCGCACAUCCACGAAGCGUUCGCGCGGCUGCAGCGCAAACACCCGCCAGCACUCACGUCUGGCGUCAGAGGGUCCGCCGGUCCCGGUGGACUACGCAGGACCCGCGUGUUCGUCAUCUAA